GUGAGACAGUUAUAAGAAGGAGGAAGACGGAGAAAGACGGACAAGAAUGAUGAAUGAAUUCAAAUGGAUUAAACUGUUGUCACUGAUGAUACUGAUGCUUCAGUUUACAGCAACAACUGGACAACGUUCAUAUGUCACUGUCAGAGUUGGACAUGACGUCACUUUGUCUUGUGGAAAUGUGAGAGAUGGACAGAAGAACUGUGACAGUACUACCUGGUUGUUCAAUGGUUUAAGAGACAGAACAACAGUAGAGCUGGUUAAACAUGGACAGAUCAGAUCUAAACCAGACAGACUGAGAGUUACAACAAACUGUUCUCUGGUUAUAAAGAAGGUCACAGAUGAUGAUGUUGGUCUUUACACCUGCAGACAGUUCAUAUCAGGACGACAACAAGGAGCAGACUUUCAGGUUUAUCUGUCUGUUAUUACCAUGACUGAACGUGAGGACAAUGAUAAAGUCGUCUUGUUCUGCUCUGUGUUGGAUUAUGAUCCAUGUAGUCACACAGUGGAGUGGCUGUAUGAGGGUAAAGAGGAAAUAUCAGACAUGGAGAUAUCACCACCUUCCUGCUCUGACCCUGUGACAUUUACAUCAUCUCACCUUAACCAGAGGAUUUAUGAGUUAUUGAAGUGUAAAGUGACAAAUGUUUACACUAAGAAAGUUCAGCUGUUUACCUUCAGCCCUCAGUCCUCAGGCAAUGAUCCAACAACAACAACAACAACUACUACUACUAGAAAAUCAACCACAACAACAAUAAAACCAACAACUCCAAUUACAGAGAUGACAGCAACAUCUAAACUAACCUCAUCAGAACAGACAAUCAACAACAAUCCAUCAGAUCAACAAGGUUGGUCAUGGUGGUGGUACAUUUUCAUUCCUGUGGGUUUAGCAGCAGUCUUAAUUGUUGUGGUGAUCAUCAGAUGGAAGAAAACUAAAGGUGAAACGAAAGUUUUGAUGAAGCUGUGCUGGAGUUUGGCUAUUGAUGCUCCAGUUGACUCUGAUUUGUCUUUUUUAUGUUUUCAGGAAACAAGACACAAGUUGAAGAAAACACUGCUCAACCUGAGGAUGGUGUUUGCUACGCCUCCAUCAGCUACACCAAGAAGACCAAGAGUAAAGCUAAAGCCCAGGACCGUGAUGAUGAUGAUGAAGGUGGCUCUGUGGUCUACAGCACUGUGAAAGCUUCCUCCUCUUCUGCUGAUCCCAGAGACUUCUAUUCUACCAUCAACGAACUAAACAAAUAAGAGGUUAAAUCUGUUAAAUGGAACAUGAAAGCACCAAGAGGAAUCUCAUGUCCUCUCUCAUCUUAUAUUAUGUGUAAUAUAUCAUAUAUCCUGUAUUGUAUCAUAUUUUAUGUUGUCUUGUCUCAUGGUAUCAUCUCAUAUCAUACUGGAUCACAUUUUAUCAUAUGUUAUGUUGCAUAUAAUAUAUCUUAUCUUAUCUUAUCUUAUCUUAUCUUAUCUUAUCUUAUCUUAUCUUAAUACAUACAGACAAACCAUCAUCAGAUCACCUUAGGGUUAGGGUUAUACAGUAUCAUGUCUAUGAGACAUGGAUUCAUUGAGAGAGUAGAGACUCCCUCUAGUGGUGGAGAGUGUUCAUAGGGAGGUCAGACAGACUCUAUACUGUCCUCUUUAGACUUUGUCCUCACAUGGACAAAUUAUUUUAGCAUCUAUUUAAUAAAAUAGAUGCAAAUGUAUUUCCUUCUGUGGUUCAACACAUUUUAUGUAAAAUUAUUUUCCAGUGUUUCGUGUUUUCAGACCUGUCACAU